AUGUCCAACACCAGAGAACCAUCCACAAACUACCUGAUUGAAACAGUUUCUUCUCCUCUUCCAAAGGAUAUUCCUCAUGUGGAUGAAAUCGGUGCCACCUCAGCUCCACUUUUGUCAGCUGCUUUCUUCAUUGGAGCCCGUUGUAAACCAUUCAAUGAUGAUUUCAUGCAAUGUAAAAGUGAAAAGCCAGGUAAUGGUGAAAUUGGCUGCCUCAAAGAGGGCCGUCGUGUGACGCGAUGUGCUGCUUCUGUUCUCUCGGACAUCAAUAAGAACUGUCUUGACAGUUUCCGUUUACAUUGGAAUUGUCUCGAACAAAACAACCAUGCUUUGAAAAACUGCAGAAAGGCUGAAAAAUUAUUCAACAAGUGUGUGUUUGAUAAGUUGAACUUGACAAAAACCAUUCCAGGUGUACCAGAAGGUGAAACUCCAAUCCACUUGAAGGAAAAGCCAUUGUACGUGCCGAACGUUGAAGAUUACGACUCAAAGAUCGCUUACAAAAAGGCUCAAGCAGAAGGAAAGAUUUAA